AUGACCCCUUUUCAAGCCUUAUAUGGAAAAGUUCCAUCUAUGAUUCCAUCCUACAGUAAAGGGUCAGUGCGUGUGGAGGCUGUUGAUGCCACUUUAAGUCAUAGGGAUGACUUGCUGAGGUACCUUAAGCAUCAGCUGCAGGGUGCUCAAAAUAGAAUGAAAGUACAAUCUGAUAAGCACAGGAAGGAUGUUAUUUUAUCAGUAGGUGAUUUGGUGUUGGUGAAGUUGCAGCCUUAUAGGCAAAUCACUCUAGCUAAGAGACAGUUGCUCAAACCGUUUAAAGGGGAUAGUUCCACUACUGCCGUCCCAUUACCUGAACUUACCAAGGAGAACCAACCAGUCCAGGUCCCAUUGGCUGCUGUUAUGUCCCGAGUUAUUCCAGUAGGACCAGAGCAACACAGACAGUGGCUUAUUCAAUGGACCAGCUCACUUCCUGAAGAUGCUACAUGGGAGUAUGAAGAUGAUCUUCUCAUGUUUUAUCCAGAAUUUCCAUUACCUCAGCUGAACCUUGAGGACAAGGUUCUUAUUGCAGCAGGGGCCAAUGAUACGUUUGAAAGGCGAAACAGGAGACUUGCUCAGAAGAAAUCAAAAGUGCCAAGUGCUCAAUCUGAAGAAGCACCUGAAAUCCCAACCAUGGCAGCGAAUAAUGAAGGUGAAAAUCCACUUAUGGAUACCAUCCUCACUCCAGCCUUCAACAGGCCUAAUUCAAUUAUCAAUCCAAAGGAAGACUGCAUGGCUAUUAUUACUAGAAGUGGCAAAGUGGUAGCGCCUCUUAAAACUCCAAUUCUAGAUUAUGCGGAAGAGGACGAGAAGCAUGAUGGAGCAGUUGAGCCAGAGGUUGAGGUUGCAGAGCGACCUGUUGUGGUUGAGAAAGAGCAUGAGCUGAGUCCUGAAUAUGUGCGGUCUAAAGCACCAUACCCAGAGAGGUUCAAGAAAGAGGCUUAUAACAAACAGUAUGGCAGGUUUUUAGACAUCUUCAAGAAGCUGCACAUAAACAUCCCUUUUGCAGAAGCUUUAGCAAGUAUGCCUGGUUAUUCAAAAUUCAUGAAGGAUCUUUUGUCAAGGAAGCAUAAGCUACAGGAAUGCCAGACAGUGACACUUACUGAGAAGUGUAGUGCCUUUAUUCAGCAGAAGAUUCCGGCUAAGCUUAGUGAUUCGGGGAGUUUUAAUAUCCCUAUUGCUAUUGGCGAUAUUUGCAUUGGUCGAGCUCUUUGUGAUCUAGGGGCUAGUAUCAAUUUGAUGCCUCUUUCUGUUUAUAAGUCUUUGGGGAUUGAAGAAUUGAAGCCUACAGCGGUCUCUCUUCAACUUGUUGAUAGAUCCGUGAGGACACCUAAUGGGAUUAUAGAAGAUGUCCUUGUCAAGGUUGACAAGUUUAUCUUUCCUGCUGACUUUGUGGUGUUGGAUAUGGAGGAAGGAAGUGGGAAGCCUUUGCUCUUAGGUAGGCCCUUUUUGGCUACAGCCCGUGCUCUAAUAGAUGUUGAGCAAGGAAUGAUUAAGUUGAGGAUGAAUUAUGAGGAGAUUACUUAUAAUGUUUCUGAGGCUAUGAAAAGACCCGCUGAGCAUAGUGAUUGUUUUCAAAUUGAUGUUUUUCAAGAAAUCGUUCAACAGAAGAAGGUGCGUCCUCAAGAGAUUGAUUAUGAGUUGAGAGCCUGUGAACAUAUGCCCUUUGAAAAAAAGGAAGUUGCUGUGGAGGUGCUUAAAGAAAAAGUUGAUGACAUAGAGGUUGGGGCACCUAAGGUUGAAUUGAAAAUUCUGCCUAAUACUUUGAAAUAUGUAUUCUUGGGAGAUGAAGAGACGUACCCUGUAAUCAUCAAUAAGGGACUAUCUUCUGACCAAGAAAAGAAGCUGGUUGAAGUUCUAAAAACUCAUAAGACUGCCAUAGGGUAG